CAAGCGGGGCGGAGCGGGGCCGCCCCGGAGGAUUGGGGACCGGUACCGCUGCCCGACCCGGCCCAGCGGAAUCCUUCAGCAUGUUGCGAGCUGCGCUGCUCGGUUCUCGGCUCUGCCGCGGCCCGGCCCGGUUAGGUUCGCCUUUUUCGGCCGCCGCCGCCUCCCCCAUCCCGGCACCCAACUCGCGGCCCGAUAUCGCCUACAACAAGAUUUUCAUAAAUAAUGAAUGGCACGAUGCAGUCAGUAAGAAAACUUUCCCCACUGUCAACCCAUCCACAGGAGAAGUUAUCUGCCAGGUUGCUGAAGGUGAUAAGGAAGAUGUGGACAAGGCUGUUAAGGCAGCCAAGGCAGCUUUCCAGCUGGGUUCCCCUUGGAGGAGGAUGGAUGCUUCUCACCGAGGGAAGCUGCUGAACCGCCUCGCUGACCUGAUCGAGCGGGACCGCGCGUACCUGGCGGCUCUGGAGACUCUGGAUAAUGGGAAACCCUACUCCAUCGCCUACCUGGUGGAUCUGGACAUGGUUGUCAAAUGUCUCAGGUACUUUGCAGGCUGGGCAGAUAAAUUCCAUGGGAAAACGAUCCCAUUGGAUGGAGACUUCUUCUGUUACACAAGACACGAGCCAGUGGGAGUUUGUGGUCAGAUAAUCCCAUGGAACUUCCCACUGCUGAUGCAAGCAUGGAAACUGGGGCCUGCCCUGGCUACUGGGAACGUGGUUGUGAUGAAAGUGGCAGAGCAAACCCCUCUGAGUGCUCUCUAUGUGGCUAACCUGAUCAAAGAGGCUGGGUUCCCACCAGGCGUGGUCAACAUCAUCCCCGGGCACGGGCCCACUGCGGGGGCUGCCAUCUCCUCACACAUGGAUGUGGAUAAAGUGGCCUUCACUGGCUCCACAGAGGUUGGGCAUCUGAUCCAGAAGGCUGCAGCAGAGAGUAACCUGAAGAGGGUGACCCUGGAGCUUGGAGGAAAGAGUCCAAACAUCAUCAUGUCUGAUGCUGACAUGGACUGGGCUGUGGAUCAAGCCCAUUUUGCCCUCUUCUUCAACCAAGGGCAGUGCUGCUGUGCUGGAUCCCGAACAUAUGUCCAGGAAGAUAUCUACCAGGAGUUUGUGGAGAGGAGUGUUGAGAAGGCCAAGGCCAGGGUGGUUGGGAACCCUUUUGACUUUAAAACUGAACAGGGACCUCAGGUCGAUGAAGAGCAGUUUAAGAAGAUCCUGGGUUACAUUAGUACUGGGAAGCGUGAAGGAGCCAAACUGCUGUGUGGUGGCAACCCUGCUGCAGACAGAGGCUACUUCAUCCAGCCAACAGUCUUUGGGGAUGUGCAGGACAGCAUGACCAUUGCCAGGGAGGAGAUAUUUGGGCCGGUCAUGCAGAUUCUGAAAUUCAAAACCAUUGAGGAAGUCAUUGAGAGAGCAAAUGACUCCAAGUACGGGCUGGCGGCCGCCGUCUUUACGAAGGAUCUUGACAAAGCAAACUACGUGUCCCAGAGCCUGCGUGCUGGGACAGUCUGGAUAAACUGCUACGAUGUGUUUGGGGCACAAGCCCCGUUUGGUGGCUACAAAGCUUCUGGGAACGGGCGAGAGCUGGGGGAGUAUGGUCUGGAGGCUUAUGUAGAGGUGAAAAAUGUGACAAUCAAAAUUCCACAGAAAAACUCCUAAAAGACAGCAGCCUGUCUGUGCAUCUGGAAACACCUAUGCAGCUUCAUGAGACAGACAGCAGAAAGACACUUCCACUUAGGUGGAAAAUACAAAACUUAACUGCAUCAAGAAAUGUUUCUUUAGAAGGUACCAGAAGGAGCUUUUGUUAGCAAACUUUAUUUGGCUUUAUCUUUUUCAAAUACCAACAGUCAAUCAAGUACUAAUGCAUUCUAUGGGUGUACUCUUGUUGCACCUCUAUUUGAUGAAUAGGGUUUUUUUUACCCUAAGAAAUCAUUUAAAUGAUAACUUUGUUGGCUUACACAGCCAGCUCUGUGCUCCUUGUCCUGUAUGUCACACACGUCCCUUUUCUGUAAGCAGUGAACUGAGACUCAAGUUAACUGUUUAACAGAGCAGAAGAGCAACUUCCUUUGUGAACCUGAGGUAAAAGUUUGCUCUCACUGUAUCUACUCACAAUAAACAUUCUUGUCUUAUU